ACAAGACUCCGGCCUUAGUCAUACCUCACGGCUGGCAAGAUGAUGAAGUACCUCUGUUUCAUCCUUUGUGUCGCCGGUUUCUGGUUCGUUAAGAAUGCAGACGCCCAUGGCCGUCUGAUGAAGCCUUGUCAGAGAGCAUCGCUGUUUAGAUGUUACGAUGACCGUAACUUUCCGCCAAACUAUGACGACAUGUCAUUGUUUUGUGGGGGAGCACAGACUCAAUGGAAUGUUAAUGGAGGAAAAUGUGGAAUAUGCGGUGAUGCCUACAAUGGAGCGAGGCGCCACGAAGCAGGCGGAAAGUAUGCAACAGGAUUCAUAACAGAGACCUAUCGUCAAGGACAGGAGAUCGACGCGACGGUUAAACUUACUGCAGCACAUGGUGGAAAAUUCUUCUUCAAAAUCUGCAAACAAACUAAUGUCAACAUUGAGGUGACCCAAGAAUGCUUAGACAAAUCACAGUUGAAGGUAGUUCAGAAUGGCGAGCUCAAGGACUACUACACAGUAACAGAAGUUGGAUUCCCGUCGAUUGACAUGAAGUUGAAGCUGCCGGACGAUUUGACAUGUGAACACUGUGUCUUCCAAUGGUGGUACACUACUGGAAACAGUUGGCGCUCCACCACACCAGAAACGUUUGUGAACUGCGCUGACGUCAAAAUUAUUCCUAGGGAUGGAGCCCCGGAACCGGUGACAAAAGUUCCGACUGCGAAACCAAUCACCAACCGACCUCAAACAGUGCGACCAAUCACCAACCGUCCUCAAACCAUGCGACCAAUCACCAGGCGCCCUUCAACGGCAAAUCCCUGGAUGACACCUUCUCCAUCCACAAAACGAACAACCACAACACCAAGAUCUAUCACCAGAGCUCCGCCAAAUCCGGGAGGAAUCGUCACAUCCUGCUCUGUUGGACGUUUGUCUUGUCGGUCUGCUGGUGUGUUUGCUAAUAACAGAGGUUAUGACAUUUGGUGUUACCAGUACUGCAAAGCUAACUCGCCAAACUGUAAUCCUCAAUACUGUAGUUGUACUUGCAAAUCUCAAUGCACUAUCAAAGCUACGUUUCAGUUCAUGGGAACCCAUUUUUGCAAUUAUCUCAGUCAAUCUGCCCCUCACUAUAUCAACCAUUUCUGCAACUGUAUCUAGCAAAAUGUAUCUCUCAAUUCAAUCAUGUAAUGCUCAAUAACUGAAAGUUGCUACAAUAUAUAAGAUUAAAAAUUCAUUUUGUACAUCUUUUACAUGCACUACAACUUACGUGUUCUAUGAAGUUGUGUAUAACGUCUUGGAAGUAAGCUUUAUUCAAUUCACUUGUAAUCGGCAAAUAACAAGAAUAUCCUUUUUUUAAUAUAAAGUCUGAAUAUGAUGCACUGUAUUUCUUUUAUAUAUGUUACUAUGGUAUUCAAACUGGACAUAGACUAUAACUACUGUA